CCCACAUCCUCAGCCGAGUCCACCACGGGAACCUCUUCCUCUCCCAGCGAGAGCAGCCCCACAACCUUGGCAGAGUCCACCAUGGGCUCCUCCUCCUCUCCCAGCGAGAGCAGCCCCACGACCUCGGCCGAGUCGACCACGGGAUCCACCACAGGAACCUCGUUCCCUCCCAGCGAGAGCAGGACCACGACCCCGGCUGAGUCCACCACAGGCCCAACCUCCUCUCCCAGUGAGAUCAGCCCCAUGACCUCGGCCGCGUCCACCACGGGCCCCUCCACCCUUCCCAGCGAGAGCAGCCCCACGACUUUGGACAAGUCCACCACGGGAACCUCCUCUUCUCCCAGCGAGAGCAGCCCCAAGACCUCGGCCCACUCCAUCACGGGAACCUCCAUCCCUCCCAGCGAGAGCAGGACCACGACCCCAGCCGUGUCCACCCCGGGCCCAACCUCCUCUCCCAGUGAGACCAGCCCUACGACCUCGGUCACGUCCACCACGCCCCACUCCUCCCAUCCCAGCGAGAGCAGUCCGACCACCUUGGCCGAGUCUAUCACGGGAACCUCCUCCUCUCUCAGCGAGAGCAGCCCAACGACCUCGACCGAGUCCACCACGGGAACCUCCUCCUCUCCCAGCGAGAGCAGCACUACGACCUCGGCAGAGUCUACGACGGACUCCUCCUCCUCUCGCAGUGAGAGCAGCCCCAUGAAAUCAGGCGAGUUCACUACGGGCCCUUCCUCCUCUCCCAGUGAGAGCAGCCCCAUGACCUCGGCUGAGUCCACCAUGGGAACCUUCUCCUCUCCCAGCGAGAGCAGCCCCAAGACCUCGGCCGAGUCUACCACGGGCUCCUCCUCCUCUCCCACGAGAGCAGCCCCAUGA